GCAUGCGUCCGGACGCCUCUUUCUCAUGGAUGUUUCCCACCUCCACGCUGUGCGUCAGGUGCUGCUGGGUUGUCCCGUUUUGCCCCGUUGUUUUGGGCCGUGCGCAGGCGCAAUAAGGACAUAGCUUCCCCCCUCAGUUCUUUUGCCCCCCCCGCUCGCGGAUUUUUAAGGAGAUUGUGGGGGGGUCGCAAUCGCCGCCACCGUUAUGGGAAGGAAGUCUAGUAAAGGCAAGGAGAAGAAGCAGAAACGGCUGGAGGAGCGGGCAGCCAUGGAUGCUGUCUGUGCCAAGGUGGAAGCCGCAAACAAACUGGUUGACCCCUUGGAAGCCUUCCCCGUCUUCAAGAAAUAUGACAGAAAUGGGUUGAAUGUGACCAUCGAAUGCAAACGAGUAUCCAGCUUGGACCCGGCCACGCUCGACUGGGCUUUUGAACUAACCAAGACAAACAUGCAGACGUUGUACGAGCAGAGCGAAUGGGGUUGGAAAGACAGGGAGAAACGGGAUGAGAUGACAGAUGACCGAGCGUGGUAUCUGAUCGCUCUGGAAGAAGGCUCGGUCCCUGUGGCUUUCUCACAUUUCCGUUUCGAUGUGGAGUGUGGAGAGGAGGUCCUCUAUUGCUAUGAAGUCCAGCUGGAAAGCAAAGUGAGAAGGAAAGGACUAGGCAAAUUUCUCAUACAGAUUCUGCAGCUCGUGGCAAACAGUACACAAAUGAAGAAAGUAAUGUUAACAGUAUUUAAACACAAUCAUGGGGCAUAUCAGUUCUUCAGAGAAGCUUUACAGUUUGAAAUGGACGAUACCUCACCCAGCAUGUCCGGCUGCUGCGGGGAUGACUGUUCCUACGAAAUCCUCAGCCGAAGAACAAAAUUUGGCGAGAGCCAACACACUCACCCGGGCAAUCACUGCGGAGGGUGCUGCCACUGAGAUUGUCCUCUGCUUCCUAUCUCCUGAAGAACCCAAUUUUCCACAUAAAUCCGCCUCUCUCUUUGUCGUUCCCCUCCCCACCACUGGAUCCUGUCGCUCACAUCUCUUGCUCCUCCCACAGAGCCAUCACAAAGGACUCUUACAUUCUGAAUCCCAGGAUGAAAGAUCUUCCUCCGUACUGGAGGGUCUGGAAACUAAAGUCAUGUCUAACUCUCAGGCCUAACCCCAGAUCUUACUUGCCUGUGGCCUGGAACUGAAAAUUUCAUAUUUCUGCAGUAAAGAAAUAGUUGCCACUUUAAAA